UGGUUAUCGCCCCUAUCAACCCCCUCUCUUCUGUACUAUGUGUGUGCGAGUUUGUUGUGUUUCGGAUAGAAAGUGAGCCUGGUUUCCAGCUGAGUGCUUGCUCUCUCUCUCUCUCUCUGUGUGUGUGUGUUGUCAUUAUUAUCCAGUCUGCUCCCAGCUCAGAAUGGCCAGAUUCACUCAGACUGAAACAAGAAGGCAGCAGCAACCACAGCAGCCCCAUCCCGCUCACACCAGCCUGGUUUUCACUGGACCUGGGGCAACACCGAUCCAACAACCACUACUACUUAUUCCUCACCAGCACCAGUACUCUCAGAUCACAUUUCCUAAACCCAUGAACGGGUCAGAAUCCAUUUCAAUUCAUCCGGAGAGCGGCAACAUGAAAGACCAAGAUGCCAUAAAGCUGUUUAUCGGGCAGAUACCGCGGAACUUAGAGGAAAAAGACCUGAAACCUCUGUUUGAACAGUUUGGGAAAAUCCACGAACUGACUGUUCUGAAGGACCGAUACACCGGCAUGCACAAAGGCUGCGCGUUCCUCACCUACUGCGCCCGCGAGUCGGCCAUCAAAGCCCAGAACGCCCUCCAUGAACAGAAAACACUGCCAGGGGUAAGUCUCUACCCACUUCACCACCAUGCCAUCUGA